CGAGAAAAUAUAUAUUUUUAUGAUUCGUUGGUGGAGGAAAAAUGUUAUGCAUAUCAGCUAUGCUUUACUGAGAGUCCAUAUAUACAUCCUGGUAAAACAGCAACAGUUUAUUUCCAUGAUAUGAACGAUAUUCUCAAUAUGAAAAGAUCUCCAAAAAGUGUGUUGAGCCCCAUGACUGCCGUUGAAUUUACCAUAGACGUAGAUGAAGUAGUUACCAGCGAUCGUAGUAAAAUGUUUGGAAUUGAGAAACGCAAGUGUAGAUUUGAUACAGAAACUACAUCCGAUUACAGUUAUCCACUUGGUUCAUACACACAAAACCUAUGCUUAAUGGAGUGUAACGUUAAUGCAGCACUUAAUUUGUGUGGAUGUCGUCCAUUCUUUUACAAAAUUGGCCUUGGACCGAUUUGUAACGUGACUGAAAUGAUUUGCUUAUCAAAAAAUCAUUGGAGUGAGGUCAAGAAAAACUGCACUUGCCAUCCAAGGUGCAACUCAAUUGAUUAUCGUUUCACGCGAUCACUUCUGAAGGGCGAUGAAGUUUUAAUUGUCGAAAACCUGAGCGUUAAAGAAAGGAGAUUAAAACGUGACGUCAAAUAUGCAUCGUAUUUCUUAAUUGUAUCAGUCGGUGGAUCUGGAGCACUUUUUCUUGGAUGCAGUUUCAUAAGCAUCAUCGAACCCAUCUACUUUGCAUUGAAGUAUCUCUAUCGGGCAUAUUCCAGGAGAGUGAAUCAAAAUGCAUAAAACCGCAGGAAUGU